CCAGUUCUGUCGCAAUCCUUUCGAUUUUACGGACUGGAUGAGGUGAAAGUCCCCGAGGCGGCGUGUCCGUCCGCACGCGUACAACCCCAACCUGAGGCGCGAGCGCCUGCGUGACUGCGCCGCCGCAGUUCGGCUCUCUGUCAACUUGAGCUGGCAGCCGGAGCUCUACCAGCCGGUCACGGUGGUCCAGGAAGGGACACGUCAGGGCGCCUAAGCGGACUGUGACGGGCAGCGGCAUGGAGAAGGCGCUAUAGGACACUUUAUCAGCAGCCCCCCGCUGACGGAACCGAAAGGUUGGUGCCAGUGUUGGAGCCACGAUAAGAGGGAGGAAUGUUUGUGAAUGGAACUGUGGUGCAGUAAAGCGCUUUGAGUCUACUAAGAAGGCAGUAAAGCGUUGUACAGACACCAUGAACUACGUGGGACAGCUGGCGGGUCAGGUCCUGGUGACUGUCAAAGAACUGUACAAGGGCAUAAAUCAGGCGACGCUGUCAGGCUGCAUCGAUGUCGUGGUCGUUCGUCAGAGAGACGGCACCUUUCAGUGCUCCCCCUUCCAUGUGCGCUUUGGAAAGUUGGGGGUUCUGCGCUCCAAAGAAAAAGUGAUUGAUAUUGAAGUGAACGGAGAACCCGUGGAUCUACAUAUGAAGCUGGGGGACAACGGAGAGGCUUUCUUUGUCCAGGAAACUGAACAGACGAACCAGAUUAUCCCCGCGCACUUGGCCACCUCCCCCAUUCCCACUGAGAGUCACAUGUUCUGGAUCUCUGAGGUGGAGAGCAGGGCAGCGAAAAAGAUGCAAGAUGACCCCGGUGACCCAGAAGACCCACCCGAGUCUCCUGCUCCCAGCACGCUGGCCUCAAAAAAGAAGAAAAGACGGAGAAAGAAGCACAAAGGAGACCCUCGCAGAGAGGAACUGACCCCUCCAGUUUCUGUCUCCACUGGUAACGCUGCUGCUGCUGCUGCCGCCACCGCCGCCGCCGCGUCCUCUGGCCAAAACGAGGAGAUCUUUGAGAUGGACCUGAGUUCUGAUGAAGAAACUGCUGCACAUAUUUCCAGGUCACCGUCAGACAACGCGGUGCCUGGCAUCGACCCAAAGUUACCUGCAGCCCGGCACAACCUCGGUGAUUACCCGUUAUCUGACGGGGAAUGGCCGGCGCGUGAAGGUCCUGGCUUGUCUCAGGCCUUCUCUCCACAAAGUGACUCUGAGCUGGUGAUGAGGCCUUCAGAGACGUUACUCAGAGCAGAGUCCCACAUGCAGUGGACCUGGGGGGAAUUUCCAGAAACAACCAGGAUCACCAAGAAAGAAAGGCAAGAAUCUAUAAAAACGGUGACCAUCACGCCGUCGGACAGCACCCACUUCCGUGUCAUCCUGAGCUCGGAGGCCAUGGAGAAAGAUGCAGAGACGGAAAGGGAAGACGGCGACUCACCCGUGUGCACCGUAGUCAGACCUGAGCCGCGCACCCCGACCGCUGCUGUAACGCCCGAGGGUCAGCUCUCAGCGCUCAGCACCACCUCCUCUCUGAGUCCCGUGACCCCCACAGAGUCCCUCAGCAUCCUCCCGCCCAGUGUGGCGACGUCCACUCCUGCAAACAACCCACUGACCGAUUCGCCCUCGAAGAAGAAAGGAGUCCCAAAAAGGAGUCAGCACCAAGGGCCAGAGGACAUCUACCUGGAUGACCUGAAUGUGCUUGAACCUGACGUGGCUGCGCGCUAUUUUCCCAAGAGUGAGUCUGAAGCAGCAAACAAACAUUGGAUGGACUCGGAGAUCUGCUCUGGUUCACAGUCUCCUCAGUCUGUGGGCAGCGCCGCCGCCGACAGCGGGACCGAAUGUAUGUCCGACUCAGCCGGCGACCUUCCUGACGUCACCUUGUCUCUGUGUGGCGGUCUGUCGGAAAACGCUGAAAUAUCAAAAGAGAGAUUUAUGGAGCAUAUCAUCACAUAUCACGAAUUUGCUGAGAAUCCAGCAAUUAUCGAUAAUCCCAACCUGGUGGUAAAGAUCGGAAACCGAUAUUAUAACUGGACGCUCGCUGCACCACUGAUCUUAAGUCUUCAAGCAUUUCAGAAGAAUUUACCAAAGGCUACAGAGGAGGCUUGGGUGAAGGAAAAAAUGCCAAAGAAGUCGGGCCGCUGGUGGUUCUGGCGAAAGCGGGCAGACAGUACAAUCAAACAGUCGGAGACAAAGCUUGAAGCAAAGGAGGAGUGUCAGUCGAUGGAUGAAGGAGCCUCCGUACCUCAGGAGAAACUGGACUUACCCUCCAAAGCGGGAGACACAUCCAGUGAUGAGGAGGCGAAGGAGGUGAGCGCCGUGUCCUGUCAAGAGCGGCUGCAGGCUGCGGAUGGUCAGCUCCACGCCGGCGUGCACACAUACAGGAAGUCUCUGCGCCUUUCCUCUGAGCAGAUCGCCAACCUGAAGCUGAAGGAGGGGCCGAAUGACGUGACGUUCAGCAUCACCACACAGUACCAGGGCACCUGUCGCUGCGAAGGAACCAUCUACCUGUGGAACUGGGACGACCGAGUCAUCAUAUCCGACAUCGACGGCACCAUCACCAAGUCGGACGUGUUUGGACAGAUCCUUCCGCAGUUGGGGAAAGACUGGACCCACCAAGGCAUCGCCAAGCUGUACCACUCCGUGGCUGAGAAUGGUUACAAGUUCCUCUACUGCUCUGCGCGGGCCAUCGGCAUGGCCGACAUGACCAGAGGUUACCUGCAUUGGGUCAACGAUGGGGGCAUCAUCCUUCCGCGGGGGCCUCUCAUGCUGUCCCCCAGCAGCCUUUUCUCUGCGUUCCACAGGGAGGUGAUUGAGAAGAAACCAGAGAUCUUCAAGAUUGAAUGCCUUACAGACAUCAAGAACCUGUUCCAGCAUAACAAGCGGCCGUUCUACGCUGCUUUCGGGAACAGAACCAAUGAUGUUUUCGCCUACAAGGAGGUGGGAGUUCCUGUGUGCCGGAUCUUCACGGUUAACCCCAAAGGAGAGCUGAUCCAGGAGCAGACCAAGGGCAACAAGUCCUCUUACGGGCGGCUCAGCGAGCUGGUGGAGCACGUGUUUCCUCUGCUGAGUAAAGAACAGAACGAAGCCUUCUUGAUGCCAGAGUUCAGCUCCUUCUGUUACUGGAGACAGCCUCUGCCGGAGAUCAACCCCGACGACCUGCUCUGAUCUUCACGGACGCCGUCCGGCGAGAGAACCCCACUGCACCCGGUGCGUCUUUGGGACACGCAUGGACCGGAACGCACAGCACUUUGGUACACAAACAGGGUCUCAUCCAUCAGCACCAACAAAUGCUCAUCAGUGGAGAUGAUCGGCAUAAUGCUGCACCAAGACUUCCAACCUUCUCCUCCUCAAAUCAAAGCGUUCCUGUCAGGGAGGCUGAAGAUGCAUGGAUGGACUCUGAGCAUCCAGGUAGAACAUCGAUCACAUUUCCCAGGCACAAAAGUGUAAAUAAAAGUAGCAUUCAAGGUGAAAAUACGAGCUGGAGGGACGCUGAACACCAGGCAGAAGGAAGGUCCCAGAAAACGUCCCGUUUCCUUUGCUUCCUGUAGCAGAACAGACGUCAAAGCUCCUCUGUCCGCCUCGCUCUGGUUGGUGUUCAGAGUCUCACCUGCUCUCCCUACAGUACCUGAAUGAAGUUCACCCUCAGCGGUGACCUGCUGAUCAGAAGAAGCAGCUAAAGGCGCAAACCGCCGUUUGAAGAGCGAGCCGUCUGCGUUUAACUUAUUGAUUUUCAUUGUAAUUCUUUUGUUUGUUUGAAAAAGAAUCCGAUCGACGUUUUCAAACUGAUCGCUGAUCAUUAACAUGCACUUAUCAAUAACUCUCGGGCCUCGCACAUUUAAUUUUUUUCUCCAACGAAAGCUGCUUCCUUUGACAGUGAAACUGUGCGGCACGCGCACUUCCCCGCGCUCGCCCUCGCACCUGCAGCUUUAACGCAGACACGGAUGUCUGAAGGAAGCCCCAGGAGGAUCAUGGGAUGCGGUUGGUGCGCUCGGAUGCGAGCGCCAAGUUCUCCUGCUGUCGGGUUGUGUGUGUGUUUCUCAGUGAGAACCUUCAAAUGCACUUUGUCUGAGCUGCAGAACUCCUGCUAAUGUUUAACGGAGCAUUUAUGUCAGUUUCUGUCACAUCACUUUAAGGUAAAUCUGUUCCUAUGAGCAGCGAUUGUGAGGGGUCUGGGUGCAAACUGUACGAAAAAACAAAUAUUUUAUUUGGGACGGUGCAAAGUUUGAAGGUCGCGUUGCAGCUUCAUUGUCAGAACGUCGUUUGUGUUUUUUCUGGAGGAAGAGAAUCGGUUGUUUGGUGGUUAACAGGCAAUACUUGACUCAUUCCAGGAAGCGCCACCAAAAGGUUCAUGUGUGGAUCUGAUCUUAGGCAGAACCUGAGGAGACGCUCUGCACGCGAUAAAAGUUUGAAAACCAAGCACAACUGGCUGCUUUAGAACCUCUUCUGUUCCGCUUGUUUGUUCUUUAGAAAGUUUAUAGUAGAUUUAUCUUAUAACUAAAAGUAAAUAAAAAAUUCCUUUCUUUCUAUGAAAGUAAAGUAUCUUGUGUGAAAAAGUCACACUUCCUCCCCCCAUCCCAGGAUUGCUGAUGUUUGGUUUCACGCGGCUGCUGUGGAAAACGAUCGGGCGUCACGUUUUUCAGUUGUGGUUUCUUGUCGACGUGUUCGAUCUUUGGUGGACAUGUUUGUUCGGAUGUAACGCUUGCAUUUGAUUGUCUGACCCACAGAAGAACUUGUUUGUGUUUUGUGUUUCAGCUGUAUAGAAAUGUUUAAAGAACAAAAUCACUUGUAUGAAGAAGAGAAUCGAGGACUAACAAAGUUAACGAACCCAGACUUGUGAUCAUAUUUGUAUUACAUUUCUAAGUGAAGACA